CUUGUUGCACCAGGCUCCGUCCUGGCCAGUCCCAUCGAGUCGGCGGUAUCAGUCAGUGCCGGCAAAGCAAGAAGCGUGCGGAUGUAGAGUCGCUGGAGGGAGGGCAUGUGAGCGCGUGCGUGGUGUAUGUGAAACCGGGUGAAAAACAAACGGGGCUUCCAUUGACUUAGUGCUGUGUUGGAUUUGGAUUACUCCAAGAUGACCGGCGCGCGCACCCUCGCGGCCCUGAACCCGGCCCUCGUGCUGGUCGCGAUGCUCAACGUAGUGUUUGGCGUCGAAGGGCAACUAUCCACAACUACCCAACCGCCAACACUUGCCGAAAUUAGGAAUCUCUUGGACAGCCUUAACAUCACGGACAACUACUGGGUGCGGCCGGACCUGGGCCCCACGACCAUCAACAUCUCCCUGGGCAUCAAGUCCAUUACCCUGUACGAGAUGCAGUCCACGGUGACGGUGAGCGCGUGGCUUAGGAUGGAGUGGAGGGACAGCAGCAGAGUCUGGUCGAAUUCCGACAACCCGGUCCACAGAGCCAUCACGGUCCUCCCGAUCAGCAAGGAACACAUCUGGCACCCUGACAUCGUCCUAAAAAAUAGCUGGGCAGGUAAGGGCGUGAGCCUGCUGGGCGGCGCCAGCGCGGAGCUGCACUCGGACGGCCGCAUCGUCUGGAGGCCGGCCGCUCUGUUCGAGGCGUACUGCCAGCUGGACCUGCGCAAGUGGCCCUUCGAGCGACACGUGUGCUCCCUGCACUUCGGCUCGUGGACCCUCAGCUCCAAGGAGCUCAAGAUCGGCGAGAUCAGCCACAAGCUAGAGUUCCCAGGUGAGCAGACCGGGGAGUUCAUCGUGGACCGGGUGGAGCAGACUUUCGAGGAGAGGCGCGAGGACGGCGUGCCCGAGCCCUUCGACGGCGUGGUGUACUCCAUCGCCCUGCACCGGGAGCCCGGCACCUACAACGCGGUCAUCUUCGCCCCCGCCGCAGUCGUCGUCAUCCUUUGCCUGUCUACAUUCCUGAUGCCGCCGCGCGCCGGCGAGAAGGUGAUCCUGGGUGGGGUGAACGCCGUGCUCAUCUGCCUCUUCCUCAUCUACUUCGCGCACAGUCUGCCCGUGCUCACCAACCAGACGCCCUUUAUCGUGGUGUUCUACUCGGCCAGCCUGUACCUCGUGUGCAUGUCGCUGGUCGUGGCCGUGGUGGUGCUCAACAUCUCCAGGCAUCAGCACUCGACCGGGCUGCCCUGGACGGCGAAGCGCCUCCUCACGGGGACGUUCGGCCGCGUCCUUCUGCUCAGCAGCUACAUCGAACAGAUCAUGGGCGUGGACCGCGGCCCCUGCACCCGCCGGUCGCCGGCGCGCUCCUGCUCGGGCCUCCAGGACGAGGUCCCCGUGAUGAACGUAGACAUGGACGGCCAGUCCGAGUGCACGGCCAGCUCCUCCUUGGAGAUAGGCAGCAAGAGCGUCAGCCCGAACCUCGAGUGGCUGCUGCUGGCCGCGGCGGUCGACCGCGUGCUGUUCGUCAUCUACAGCCUGAUCUUCCUCGCCCUCGCCGUGGCAUUCCAAAUCUGAUGCCCUCCCCCUUUCCUCCAGCAUCUAUUCCCCAGCUAACCAAAAUAAAACGAGACUGUUUUGA